AGUUCGUAGUCACACAUUGUACUUCGUAGUCUGCCACUUUUGUAACUCCUUUUUAUUGCUGGUUUUCAAUAUUAUUUAUUUUUCAGCAUAAAGCGUACUGAAAUUUUAUCAUUAUUUCGUUAUUGGCUCCAGUUAGCUGUGGGUGUUCCACGUUGCUGGCAGUUUUACGGAAUACGUACGUCUUUGCUGUCAUAAAUUACACCUUUUUUAACUUUACUCUACAGUGUCAAGCAAGCAAUAGAAUGUUUUUGUUCGAGACUGAUGGACGAAAGAUCAACGCCAGAAACGCCGUAGAUGUUAAAAUUGACGGCCUGCUCCAACAUGGCUUUCUUCUUGGGAGGGAGGAAAAGCCAGGGGACGACAGCACUCCGCCGCGUUUGAUCGUCGAUUUCGGAUGCACGUCUCAGCGGUCGGUGUUGGUGGAAUCCGGGACGGUGUCGGCGGGCUACAUGGAUAGAUACUGCCAUUCGGACGUGGGAACCGUUGUGCAGGUGCUCCUGCGCGAAGGCCCCGAUCGCCCAUGGAGAUGGUACCCCGGGAAACUGCUGCUGCGCCGCUUUAAACGGCUUAAACAUGUGGCGCUUGUUGAGGUGAUGGUGGGCGGGCAGUGUCGUCGGGAAUUGAUCCCCAACCGCCAGAUCUGGGAUCGUGCAGCAACUUUGAGCACAACCCACAAGCCCGUCAUGGGCAUUCCAAGUAAAUCUACCGCAAACAAGGUGAGUACGAAUGUGACGGGAUGUCCACAAAGGAAAGUGGCAAAGCGCAAACCUGCCAAGGCGAUUGAUGAGCCGAAGCGAAAAAGGCCGCUGCGUGUCGACCAGUGCCGUUUGGCGUUGCCGUUUGAAGUUCUGAAGGAGAUCUUCCACUCACUGGACACCGUAGACCGUCUCCGAUGUCGCCGCACCUGUCAACUAUGGGAGACCCUGCUGACUUCGGCCGAGCUGUGCCAGGUUAUGCGUGUAUCACGGCGAGGGGAGAGUUCUUCCCUACCCGUGGUGUGGGACUGCAAUUACGCCAUGUAUGGCUGCAUCCUCAAACACAUCACCGCCGCCACGCGCAUCAUCUGUAUUCGCGACACCCAGAGGUUUUGCGCUGCCAGCCCGAGCGAUGCCGAUGAGGUCGUGGAUCUUAUCAAAGAGGUCUUGGACGACGCUGGCCUCCGCAUCGACAGCGUGAUUGUGCACCAGCGAUCGAUUCGGCUGAGCUUAUCAACAUAUGCUCGAUGGAAAAUGGGCGUGUUUUCCAUGGAGAUGGCCGCGCAGAAGGCCAGGCUGGGGUCGUGUUGUGGGCGUUUGAUCUUCAAAAAUUACGGCGUGACCAUGGAGAGUGAGUACGGCACCGGCUGCGUUCACUUUCGGAUUCCUGCUGCCAUCUCCAACGCAGGACUCGUCGAUGAGGCGCAGACUGUAGAGCUGUUUGAGCGACAUCUGGUUUCGGAAGGGCUGCCGCUGGAUGUGGAGCGCAUUAGUAUUUGCAUGUCAGAUCUCAUCGGCAUCAAGGAAAACGCCAAGGAAGUCAUUAAGAUUCUUCAUGACUACCAGUCCUGCGAUCCGCGUCCGUCGGCUCAUUAUCGGGGACGCCAGUGGAGAAUGGACGAUGUAGCCGAUGUCGAGUUGGCCAAAUUGAAUCGCUUCUCCUUGUACGCCUUGUCGCGCUUCUUGGAAUACCCGAGUGAAGCGUCCGAGGAAGACACUUCACAGUCCGGUGUCUCCAACAGUGAAUCCAGCAGUGACUACGAUACCCAAGAAUGAGAUGGUUUAGGAAGGCCGAUACGUUCUGAUUUGGAAUGGUACUACUCUUAACUCUGCUUGCGGAACUUUAUCACUCUUGUUGCGAUGGAAUAAUAAUCUUUAACCUCUUUGUUUUGUAGUUUCUGUUCAUGUUACUGCAGUAUGUUGCUUAUUGAAACACGGAAAAGUCGCUUGAUUUGCGCUUUGCUCAUGCGCUUGAUCCGAGAAAAUAUGGGCCGGAUGCGUGUUGAGCAUUUUUGCUUACGCAUUUUUUCACUUAUCGUCUACAAUGAUUCUUCGUUUACAGUCUGUUGGCACAACGACUGCUGCUAUCUGGGAAUCGUGUUGAAGUGCCUUCUGAUUGCAGGUUAUGAAAACCUUCUUAAUCAGUAAUUUGCGACAGAAACAAACUCAUUACCAGCCGUUUAUGUGAAACUG